AUGAAUGCCCUGGAACAAGAGGUCCUACGUCUCCGAGCAGAGGGCGAGCGGAUGAAUGGGAUAGCCACCAAUUGGAAGAAAUGUGUAUUGGCUUUGGUUGCCACAGCAGACGCACCAGUAUUAAACAUCCAUCAGCUCUCACAGUUUGGCCCGGGCAUAUUCCUGUGGUCAGUGUCAAAUCCGAACCAAGCGGCGAGCAUGGCCCCCAGUGAUGCUUCUCUACUCUUGGGCAGCCUAUAUCAGUGGCAAGUAUACCAACAACAGCCAAUGAUAUAUCCCAGCCUGGACAUGCUGCCACACAUCAACAUCGAAGAUGCCUCUGAAGAGUUCCUCUUGAGGAAUUUCUAUGAGAAUAUUAUCCCGACAUUGGAUGUCACUGAGUCAACUACCCAAGGAAGUGCAUUUUUGGCAGCAUCUGCCAGCCACAUCCAGAUUGCCCAAGGAGCAAAGACAAUGGUCGACAGACUCAGCUACAGGUCAGCCGCAAUUGCCGAGCUGAGACACGUCUCAGCGCGACCAGAGACGGACUCUUGCGCGCCUCUCGCUACCAUCUUAGGCUUGAUGAUUGAUGACAUGAUAUGUGGCCACAGGGAAUGCCCUGCUCUUCUAAAGCUUGCCGAGUUCUGGGUUCACAAGGAUAGCCAAUUCAGCACUGAUCCAGGCGAAAAGGCAACACGCAGAUUCUUACUUGACCAAGUCCAACUGCUAAAAACAAUUGUCUGUCCCUUGUACCAAUUCAACAAGAUUAUUAGCAAAGAGAACCAUGCCGCAGAUGGAAAGCAGAUGCUGUCGCUCAACCAAAAGGACCUAUUCGAAAUCUUCUCCGCAAUUGAAAGCGCAGUGUCACAAGCAUGCCAUAUUUAUACAAUCCCAACCUCCAGUACUCCCAUCGAAAUUAGCAGUCCAGACUCGGAUUCAUCUUAUGAUGACCUCAACAAACUGCUGGACCGGCUCCAGGCUACUGUGGUCAAGAUACCCCCGUACGCAUUGGGAGAAAAUUCUUUGACCUGGGUCUACUUUAUCGCGGCAUCAAGAAAUUUGCAGAAUUGUUACAACGGAUCGGACAUGACAAAGUAA